AUGGUAUCCUCAGACUUGUUCACAUCCGUCAUCCUGACAUUGGCCAAGUCGGAAUCAGAGUACACCAAUUCAUUGGUGGAAAUGAUGGCCACUAUCCAACCAACUAGAGGAUGCUCACUUUCCCCAGUAGUCAGAGGGUUGGCCAUGAAGAAUAAGAAAUUAUCUAACUUAAUACAUGGUUACCGAAUCGAUAAUAAUGAACCAGAUACCAUUGAUACUGUUGAUAGUUUUAAAGUGUUUGUUAAUAAUUUUCUUUUAUGGUUGGAUUCAGAUUAUUUAACUCUAUUGCACAAUUAUUCAUCUGCUCUCUUCCAACUGGAGCAACCUUUGAACCUUCAAUUGUUUGCUAAACCGAUUCAGAAUUGUGAACAUUACAUCAAAUUCUUAGAUUCUUGUGUCGACAUUCUUAGAAACCCCUUUGUGGUGGAGACCAUGUCUGAACGAAAGUCCCAGUUGACUCAGGCAUUACAACAAUUCAAUUCGCAAUUGGAAUCCAAAGUUUUUAGUAUGAUAAGCUUUGAGAACGUCCAGUCUUAUGGAGCGGCUUCCUCUUCCGCUAUCGUUGACAAGGUUUCAAGUUUCUUCAGCUUGGACCACAUUGUGGAAAGAAGUGGUAAUGAGAAGUUCUAUUUAACCCAUGAUAGAAGACAAGUAGCUUGUGAAUUGGUUCUUUUGGAUUUCAUCAACACUAGACUGGAAAACUAUAAUGCUUUGGCCAUCUUACAGAUUCCAGCCAAUGAAAAUGAACCAAGAUCGUUGCUCUAUCCUCCAUUCAGAGUAAACGAAUUGUCUGCUUGUUUAUCCAACUCCAAAAUCAUCCUUAAACCAAUUGACUUUGUUUCAGUGUACGAUUCUCCGUCUUUCAAUGAAAAUGUCUGUGAAUUAAUACUUGAAUCCAUAGAACCUAAAGCCUUAAUUACUUGGUUCAAAAAGUUGUCUACCAUCUUCCCAGUGGAAAGAAAUUCUUCUCCAAUACGAGAGAAGCUAAUCAGCUCUGCUACUUCAAGUCCUGUGAAAAUGUCUGGCUUGGGUAUAAAUCUCAUGAGUGACUGCAACAACAGUGCCGUUGAUGAUGAUGAGCUAAGUGAAUUAGGUUCACCUUCUGUCAUAAAGUCAAACAAAUCGUUUGCUGAUGAACAAUCAACGUCUUCACCCCUUUCACAAUUACAACAAAAGUUUGAUAAAGGUGGACAUAAUAACAAUUCCAUUGCCGACUUACAACCUCCUAUGAUAUUUUCACACGGACCUCGUUCAAACUCUUUUUCGGGUACUUCAAUGCAUUCAAUAGAUUCAACUCCAAGUGAACAGGAUAGAGCAAAUAAUUUAAUGGCCAAAACAUUGUCCAACAACUCAUUGUCUCACCUGGAAUCAGUGAUUCAAUCAGUUAACAAGCUUUCCUUAGAUACUGAGGAUGUCUCAUCGAAACACCACUCUGCUGUGGCUCCAAUAGAAUAUGCUUCACCAGAAAGUCGAACUCAUAAUGAUGCUGAUGCCUUAUCUCCCCCAAAAGUUCUCCAUCAGCCAUAUUCUUCAACUAAUAGACCACAUUUUGCUUCAGUCCCAGAUCUUAAUAUGAAGAAGCCUUCACUUUACAAGCUUAAUGAUGGUUCUGAAAUUGAUAUUUCCAAUUUUGGAAAGAGUUAUAUCCCAUCAUUUGCAUCUCAAAGUAUGGCAGAUUUAUCCAAACCUCCUAUUAAACUGAAUAACACAGAACUUUGUAAAAAGAAAUCAUUCUUCAGUUUAUUUUCCAAAAAGUCCUACAAAGACACUUCAAAGAAAGCCAAACCAACAGCAGUUGAAUCAAAGAAGCAGCAAAUUCAACAGGUAAAUAGAACUCCUUCACCAAUUAAGAAUGAUAAUGUUGCUGCCAUAGAUCCCUUGAGUGGCAAGGGUGCGUUCAGCUUACCAUCUCCAUUUGCAAUUCCUAAUUCUGAUUCCAUGUACUUUGUGAAAUCAAGAGCUGGUUCAAGUGCUAGUUUAGCCAAUGAUUCAAGUUCUCCAACUGGAGUUGCCACUGAUUUGAAUAUUUCUAAGGAAUUAAAGGACCUUAUUAAUAAUUCUGAAGAUUAUUAUACUUCUCCACUGGAAUCAAAUAUAAAGGUAUCUCGUUGGAGAUCCAAAUCAGGUCAAUGGGUCAUGCUUGCAACUGAUUCCAGCAAAAUGUGGCUAAAAAUCUCUGUUAAUUAUGCUUUGAACAAGAGUUGGAUUAUUGCUUUCAAAGAAACUUUGGAACUUGAUCCACUAGAAGGUGAAAAUGAUGAAGAUGGCCAAUUAGUUGAUAAGCCUGUUUUAUUGUUGGAAAUAGGUGAUCUGACUAUGUUAAGAAGAUCAGGUGCACUUGAUUUGCAAAUUCAGACCCUUAAUCCUAUCAUUAACGAGCGGAUGCUGGUUAUUAUCAGAAGUAAAAGUGGAUCAUUUAUAGAAGAGCUUCAUUUGAAAUUGAAUGAAUUGAUCACUCAAAUGUCAAACAAGAUAAGAUCUUCUGCUAACAGAAGUAUGACUACUGCGUCACGGAUAUCAUCUAAAUCCACUUUGAAUUCCAUGGCUGUCGAUGGCUUGACAAGCAAUUCCACAACUUUGACCAGCAUUAAUUCCACUGUUUUCGACAAAGAUACAAAGCUUAAGGCAUUAUCUCCAUAUAGAGAGAACACAUCCUUACUGGUUGAUCAAAUAGAUAACUUUGAAGUUAUCAAUAAGCCCAGAAACAAUAAGCUUAUCUUGUUAAAUGAAAUGCCUAUCCGGUUACAGAAACAAAUGGAAUCAUAUGAAAGUAUAAGUAAUCCCUCUACAUGGAAGAUCAUUUCAAUGUAUUCGUUGACAGUAUAUUUGAUAUCAGACAUGGAGACCAACACUGACUACUACAAUCUACAAUUGAAAAACCUGUCUGGAGACGGUAAGCCAGACCUCAGUUGGUUGAUUGAGUGUUCAAACAUUUGGAACAGAUUCCAACGUUUAGGGAAGGCUGGUUUAUUGGUGAACUCUUCGGCCAAUGAGUACUACAUGUUGGAAUGUAAGGGGAAGAAACAGUUUAAGACAUUAUUGGAGACAUUCUAA